GCUGAACAAGAAAACCUUUUUCAUGAGAAUGAUUGUAUUGUCAGGAUUAACGACGGAGACCUUCGCAAUAGGAGAUUUGAACAAGCACAACAUAUGUUUCGUCAAGCCAUGCGUACGCCCAUCAUUUGGUUCCAUGUGGUUCCUGCAGCAAAUAAAGAGCAGUAUGAACAGUUAUCCCAAAGUGAGAAGAACAUGUACUACUCCAACCGGUUUAGCCCUGAUUCCCAAUAUAUCGACAACAAGAGUAUUAACAAUGCUGGACUUCACACAUUACAAAGAAUAUCUAGAAUGAGUAACCAGACAGAUCAAACAGACUCUUACUCACAGCUACCUCAUAGUGUGAAUUCAUCAGGGAAACCACCAUCGGGCCUGGCUCCAUCACCUCAAAAAGUUCUUACCUCCACUACCAACAGUGGUUAUAACACCAAAAAGAUAGGGAAGAGACUUAAUAUACAACUGAGAAAAGGUACAGAAGGCUUGGGAUUUAGCAUCACUUCAAGAGAUGUACCAAUUGGUGGCUCAGCUCCAAUUUAUGUGAAAAACAUCCUUCCAAGAGGUGCAGCUAUUCAAGAUGGGAGACUAAAGGCUGGAGACCGACUUACUGAGGUAAAUGGAGUUGAUUUAACCGGCAAAACCCAAGAGGAAGCUGUCUCCCUGCUGAGAAGUACUAAGAUGGGAGGGACUGUGAGCCUUUUGAUUUUCCGUCAGGAAGAAACAUUCCAUCCAAGGGAACUGAGUGCAGAACAAAGCCAGUCACAAAUUCCAAAGGAAACGAAAUCAGAGGAAGAAGAUCUUGUUCUUACACCUGAUGGCACCAGGGAAUUCCUGACAUUUGAAGUUCCACUUAAUGAUUCUGGAUCAGCUGGUCUUGGUGUCAGUGUCAAAGGUAACCGGUCAAAAGAAAACCAUGCGGAUUUGGGAAUCUUUGUCAAGUCCAUUAUUAACGGAGGAGCAGCGUCCAAGGAUGGCAGGCUUCGAGUGAAUGACCAGCUAAUAGCAGUAAAUGGAGAAUCAUUAUUAGGCAAGACAAACCAAGAUGCUAUGGAAACCCUAAGAAGGUCCAUGUCUACAGAAGGAAACAAACGAGGAAUGAUUCAGCUUAUUGUAGCUAGACGAAUAAGUAAAUGCAAUGAGUUGGAGUCGCCUGGAAGCCCUCCUGGGCCAGAGCUGCCUAUAGACACUAUACUGGAUGACAGAGAACGUAGAAUUUCCCAUUCGCUAUACAGUGGAAUUGAGGGUCUCAGUGAAUCACCCACAAGGACUGCGGCACUAAGUAGGAUGAUGGGUAAAUACCAGCUGUCUCCAACAGUGAAUAUGCCACAAGAUGACACUGUUAUUAUUGAAGACGAUAGGCUGCCAGUACUUCCACCACAUCUUUCUGACCAGUCAUCUUCCAGCUCCCAUGAUGAUAUGGGUUUUGGAACCACAGAUGUUGGCGCAUGGGCUAAAGCCACAAUUAAUGAAUCUACAGACUGUACUCUUAGUCCAGAUGCUGAUCCAGUGCUUGCCUUCCAGCGAGAGGGUUUCGGACGCCAGAGCAUGUCAGAAAAACGCACAAAGCAAUUUUCAGAUGCCAGUCAGUUGGAGUUUGUUAAAACGCGAAAAUCCAAAAGCAUGGAUUUAGGUAGUUCCCCAACAAGAGAUGUGGGUCCUUCGUUAGGUCUGAAGAAAUCCAGCUCAUUAGAAAGUCUACAGACGGCUGUUGCUGAGGUGACUUUGAAUGGUGACAUUCCCUUCCAUCGUCCGCGCCCACGGAUAAUCCGAGGACGAGGUUGCAAUGAGAGCUUCAGAGCUGCAAUUGACAAAUCAUAUGAUAAACCAGUUGCAGAUGAUGACGAUGAAGGCAUGGAGACCUUGGAGGAAGACACAGAGGAGAGUUCAAGAUCAGGCAGAGAAUCUGUGUCCACAGCAAGUGACCAGCCAUCCCACUCAUUGGAGAGACAGAUGAAUGGAAGCCAAGAUAAAGGGGACAGAAAAAAGGCUGGAAAGGACAAGAAGAAAGACCGUGAUAAAGAGAAGGAUAAAAUUAAGGCAAAGAAAGGCAUGCUCAAAGGCUUAGGAGACAUGUUCAGGUUUGGCAAACAUCGCAAAGAUGACAAGAUUGAGAAAACUGGUAAAAUUAAAGUUCAGGAAGCCCUUACUUCAGAAGAGGAGAGAAUACGAAUGAAGCAAGAACAGGAGAGAAUUCAAGCUAAAACUCGGGAAUUUCGAGAGAAACAAGCUCGCGAACGUGACUAUGCCGAGAUCCAAGAUUUUAACCGGACAUUUGGAUGUGAGGCUGACCCAGUGUAUGCUGGAAUGGCUUCAUAUGACUCUUCCACAAAUAGUGGCGCAGUGACUUUGAACACCAGGCCACAGAGUCCCCGGGAAGGACAGACAGUUGAAGCGUUAUAUGCCCAAGUGAAGAAACCAAGAAAUUCAAAGUCUUCACCUGUAGACAGCAUCAGAUCAACUCCUAGCAAUCAUGACCGGAUACAGCGUCUGAGGCAAGAAUUUCAGCAAGCAAAGCAAGAUGAAGAUGUGGAAGACCGCAGACGUACCUAUAGUUUUGAACAACCAUGGCAAAACUCCAAGACAUACUCACAGAGUGGCAGACACUCUGUAUCUGUAGAAGUUCAGAUGCAGCGGCAACGACAAGAAGAAAGAGAAAGUUUCCAACAAGCUCAGCGCCAGUAUAGUUCAUUACCCAGGCAGAGCAGAAAAAAUGCAAGUUCUGUAUCUCAAGAUUCCUGGGAACAGAGCUACUCUCCUGGUGAAGGGUUCCAGACUGCAAAGGAAAACCCCAGGUAUUCCAGCUACCAAGGAUCAAGAAAUGGCUACAUGGGAGGACAUGGCUUCAAUGCCAGGGUAAUGCUGGAAACACAAGAACUGCUCCGUCAAGAACAGAGACGGAAAGAGCAACAACUGAAAAAAAAGACAUCUUCUGAAGGGCCUAACAACUAUGACUCAUAUAAGAAAAUUCAGGACCCUAAUUAUGUCCCUCCAAAAGGUCCUUUCAGGCAAGAUGUACCACCUUCACCAUCUCAGGUAGCCAGGCUGAACAGAUUACAAACUCCAGAAAAGGGAAGGCCAUUUUAUUCUUGAGUUGAAGAAAAAGAUGAUCAACAUAUCAUGCAAUAAGGAACAUUUUCAUAUAAAGACUUGUAUUUCAAAAACUGUUUAAACUGAUGGUACUAUGGAAUAUAUCUGUUGUCUGUUUCAGUGCCUUUAGCAAUAUGGGCAAAGAAUUGAUAGGCCUUAUGUCUUUGCCAUUCUGUCCCAAGUGUUGUAUUCACGGAAGGAUUUUCCACCAUUUGACAAUCAUACUAUAGGUAAGCAGCGUGUUGGUUACCAAGCGUCCUGGCCCAGUCCAGUAGGUGUCAAUGGCUUAUUAUUAGGAUUUACUCUAACGUGUUCUACUUUGCAGUGAGUUAUUGCACCAACAUACAGCAUUGUGGCAUAAAUUAAAGAAUCUGAAAUUGAAGAAGGCAUUGACACAUCUUUAUUAUUUCUUUUGGGGUGGGGGCUGGGUUACACAUCACUCUUGAGUGGAUAGGGCUAAAGUUCACUCAAGAUCAAAGUUCUAAGAUGUUUUACGGUGGAGUCAUUUACAGUCUUUGUUGAUCAAUAUUUAAUUGUCUAUAUGCUAAAAAACUGCUUUUCUCCUCUUAUGCGCACAUUCUCUUUCUCUGAGCUCAUAUCAAAAGUCUUUAUCCUGAUUCAUAUGCAAAAUAAUAUUACGGCUUUCAGUUAUCCCGGGAAUCCUUUUACAAUGUCUUAUAUCUCAACAUGUAGUACUUUACCAGUGAAAUAACUAAAGAGAGGGUAUUGUAUUUAUAAAUAAAAUCUCAGUCCAGACUAUGACAGAUAUAUUUGUUCUUUCAUGAGAUAUGAGGAGUUGUGGAAAAACGUUAAGGCUAGAUUGUGGUUUGUUUUCCUUAAAAAUGUAUGAAGUCAUGUGAAAAUUGUACCCAAGAAAAAAAUUAGGGAAGAAUUGCCCCACAAUCAUCUUAUAUAUGAUUAUAAUUCACUUGUCUUUAUUGUGGCAGGGUUGGGAGGAGGGCUUAGAGCAAGACAAAAUAAAAUCAGACCUUCUUUUUGGAUCAGAAAUCUAAAAAAACAAAAGAUCUUAAAAAAGCCCAGAAGACAAACAACCCCAUCCCCAAACUCUUCUUUCUGUAAUUCGUAAAGCUUUGUGGGUGAUCACCUUGUGAUUCUACAUACUGUACCUUUGCAUUGUGCUACCACAUUAAAAAGAAACUCUAAAAUGUAUGAAUAAGAGAUAAAUGGAGAAAAUCUGUUACACGUCAUCCUGAAAACAUGUUAGUAUCCAAAAAUAACUGAAGUAAGAUUGCUCUAGCAGUGAUAUUUUAAUGUGCAUAUGGGAUAUGAGAUUUUCUUUUGCAGCAGCUGUUUUUAUGUUUGUUGGUCUGAACUUCAUGUAUGGUAAAAAUAUAGCUGGGUUGCUAAAGUGCCUGCAAAUCCUCAUGUGAAAAGGCUUGAGAUUAAGUCUCAACAUAUCAUGCUUAAAAAAAGAAAGAAAGAAAAAUCUUAUACUGUGUGAUUUAAAAUAUGACUUUUUUUUUUUUUUUUUUUACUGGCACAUUUUAUUUUUGGAUCAACCAGUUUUUGGAAUAUAUGUGAAAUUUCAGCACAUGUAUCUGUCUUUAUGCCUGUUUGUUAAUGUUUUUUGUUGUUAAUAAUGUACUCCAGUGUUUAAAAAUUGUUACUAAUGUAAGCACAGUGACAUUGGAUGACAAUGGCUCUUUUACGCAGAGUUUACAAAACUGCGUAAAACAGCUUUCCCUGUACAUAUGAAAUUUAGAAUAAAAGGCUGUUUCCAUUCUGGUCUUA